AUGUCGUGUUCGUUGUCGUCGUACCUGAGCCAGCUGCCGGACAGCGACUUCACCCCCCCUCCCGGCUACAAUCCCCUGAGCCCCCAUCCGCACCGCGAGACACCGCCGAAUGCCAUCGACCUGCCCACCGACAUAUGGCUGCGCGUCGGCGAAUGCGUCGACGGCUCGGGCCUCAUGAAGCUCAAGUGCGUCAACCCAAGCAUACGACACGCCAUCCGCCUCUGCGACGACCUCUGGCGCCGCUGCGGCGCGCGGGAGUUCCCCCGGAACUGGGUGGACGGCCAGGCCUCAGGCAGUGGGAGCCAUGCCCCGCCCCACCAGCUGCCCCACGCGCCGCCGUCGAUGCUGCCUGUGGAGGCGGUGGGGUGCGCCGAGAGCUACCGGGAGCUGUGGAAGAGCAAGUGCAAGAAGCGGCGGCGGAUGAAGCGGCUGGUGCAGGUGCUCAACGAGAAGCCGUCGUGGUACCGGUGCCUGGUGCACCUGCUGCUCGAGAGGGACAUGUUUGGCGUCGACUGCGUGGAGCACCUGCUGCCCAUGAUGCGCGACCAGAACAGACUCGACCUGGCCUACGUCGCCCGCAAGUUCGGCUGGUUCCUCCUCAGGUGCAAGUGCGGCUACCUCAUCGACAAGGCAAAAGGUAAGCUGAGAGAGACAUUGGGAGAGAGACAGGGAGAGGGAGAGAGGCAGGUUCUCGUGUGUGUGGUGUGUUGUGGUGUGUUUGUUGGACAGAUCUGGUUGAGGGUGCGUUGAUUCUGUCGAAGCUGCACGAUCCGGCGUCGGAGCCGUCGAUCGUCUUCGAUGGCGAACUCACCAGUUUCCUGCAGAAGCACUCGCUGCACAACCUCCAGGCCAAGGGCAGGGAGUACCAACUGCCCGUCGACAAGGACCUCAACAUCAUCACCGACAAAGUCAGUAGUGCCUUACAUGCACACACACACACACACACACACACACGGGGAGAGAGAGAGAGAGUGUGUGUUUGCCCAUGGAGGGAUCCGUGGAUGAGUCGAUGGACGUGUGUGCGUGUGGCCGGGUGCGGUGCAGGUUAGCGAUGCGAUGCUGCGGACCAAGGCGCGUCACGACCGUCGCUGCCUGGAGAUGCUGUCCAAGGCGUGGCGCGACGAGGCCUUCCAGGGCAACACCGACAGCUACUACGUUCCCGACAACUCAUUCGUCCACAGAGUCGCACAGACCAAACGGGUCAGCUGACUGACUGACACAAACACACAACACACUGCACUGCAUGUGUGGGUGUGUGGGUGCGCGCGUUGGAUGAUGGCUGCAGGGGAUCCCCAUUUCGCUAUCCAUCGUGUACCUGGCCAUGGCGCGCCGCGUGGGAGUCGACCUCAUACCCAUGAACUACCCCGGUAGGUUAAGUACUGACUGACACACAGUCACAAUCGCAUAUAUGCGCCCAUCCAUGUGUAUGUGUAUGUGUGUGGAUGGAUCUGAUCCAUACAUUCGUUAGGUCACUUCAUGCUGCUGUGCCGGCCGUUUGGGGGUCCAUCUCGCUUCAAGACUCGCGACGAGUACCUCCGUUUGGUGGGCCGCUGCGACGCCAUGAACCUCAACCUCGUCAUCGACCCCUUCAACGGCGCCGGUACGCAGCCCUCACACACAGCCCUCACACACACACACACACACUCUGUCGCAAUGAUAUUUAUUGGCUGCAGCGGUUCACCCAUUGAACGAGGCGAGUCGUGCGCUGGAGGGCGUGUUGCUGACCCACUCGUUCCGCACGGUCAUCCACCGGACGUGCCUCAACCUCCUGCACAUCUACAGGCAGGGCCAGUUCUGCAACGUCAAACGACUCCUAGGCGUCGUCGAAGUCAUCACCUGCAACCGGUAGGUACACCACCACCACCCACACCGAACAGCCCACUCCACUCAGUGGCAUGAAAGCGGCUUCUUCCUUGUUCCUAUGUAUGUUGUGGUGUCUGUCUGUCUGUCAGGGAUGCGCACCUGCGUGAGCUCGGCCUGACGAUUCCCAACGGCGGCAGCGUGGUGACCUACGACCUGCCGACGACGGCCGACCCCGACUCAGCCCCCACACCCAACAAUGGCGGCGGCAGUGUGAACGGCAACGGCAUGCCUCUGGCACUCUCACCCACCGUGACAUCACACCACUCACACUCACACCCACCCGCCGGCCUCCCGCAGUUCAGCCUGCCCCCGUCCAUGGCGUCCUUCACCUCUCACACAUCGGCCGUGUCGUCGGCCAGCGAUGGCAGCGGGACCAGCAUGACCACGCACAGCAUGGCCACCACCACUACAAGAAGCAGGAGGGGCGGGAUGACCCGCACCAACGGCAGUGAGAGUGCGGCAUCCCUCAGUGGCAACAGCACCGGCAGCAGCGGCGGCAGCAGUGAAGAUGGUGAGGAGGGGGCGACGCAGAGGGAGCCCAGGGGGGAGGCGGUGCGGGCCAUGGUGGCUGACAGGAACCACCUGCUGUGCAUGAAGGCACAGGUGCGUCAGGGGGGAGGGCAGCGAGGGAGCUAGGGAUGCAUGGGAACAUACGGAACGGAGUGACCUGCAUGUCUGUCGCUGUCUGUCUGUGGUCAGGUGCUGCACAUGGCUGGUUUCUCGUGUGAGGCCAACGAGCUCGUCAAGACGCUCCCGGACUCGCCAAACAUGCCGCUCGGCUCUCUCAGACAGCGGGUACGGAACGGAAAACACACAGCAUCCCCCUCUCACACGCAUAUCACCUUGUCGAAAACCCCUUGUCUUGUUGGUCCAUGUCUUGUCUGUCUCAGGCGGCCCGUGAGUGUGAGCGCAUCAACGCCCGCCGGCAGGCCAUCGAGUCGGAUGUGCGGCGCAUCCUCACCCUUCCACCCACAGAGGGCGAGCGCCUCUUCCUCUCAGAACUCGCCUGGCUCACCAAACACAGACCCCUCGACCAGGAAGGGCCACAGGCGGACCACCACCAGCACCACCACGCCGGGCCCCCCACACACAAUAGCCACGACACCCCACACACGGACGACAGCGGCAGCAACCGCGCCCCCACCCCUGCCCCCUCCCACACUCCUGGUCAGCCGCCAUCGGGACCGUCCGGCUCGGCGCCAUCAGCCAAGCGUGAGGGCUGUGUGGCGUGCCGGGACUGUGCGGGGCGACGUCGCCACCAGCGGCAUGCCACGGCCGGCGCUGCUGUGGCUGCGGAUGGCGGUGUUGGUGGUGUGCGUGCGGAGGGUUCAACUGUGCAGCUGAACAGCAAGGCGGGCUGGUCCCGGCAGUGCGUCAAGGGGGACCACCCCUGCACCUCACCUGCAUGCCCCUGCCGCACCGUCGGAGCCGAGGUUGGCAUCCUCUUCGUCAGCAACUCGACCAGGGACAGAGACAGAGACAGAGACAGAGACAGGGAGAGGGAGAGGGACGACCUUACCCACACCACCCACACGCAGACACACGCCCCCGACGCAGUGGCAGCAGCGGACAAGGACGCUAAGAGGCAGACCGAUGAUCGACGUGACGAGGGAGAGGGAGAGGCAUCUGGAGGGGCUCUGGGGGGCGUGUCGGCGCCUUUGUCCCCCCCGCCGCAGAACGUUCGGUGCUACAGCAUCGAGUGGACCUCCCACCGGCAGACGCUCACCGUCGGGUGCGGCGACGACCACCGCGCAGACGAGAAGCAAGACUCUGGCUACUCUGCCGGGCCGCGCAGGUGCGUCAGCAUGCGACCAGACGACGAUGGCGACGGCGGCGAGGAGCUGCUGCUCUUCACCGGCGGGGCGCCCUCCCCUCUGCCUUUGCUCGCCCUCUCCCCCUCUGGCAGCCAGCACGACCCCAACUUGCCCGACUGCUCGUGCGGCGACUGCCCGGUCGGCACACACGCCGAGAUCGAGAAGAACCACAAGCUCUUCUUCCCCAAACCCAAGACGCCCCCCUCCUCUCCCCGACAGCCCGCACCGGCACCGGCAGACGCACCCACCCCCCCAGCCACAGCCACAGCCACAGCCACAGCCACAGCCGCAGCCCCCUCCGCGCGGCAGCACAAGGCGCGGCUCAACCUGGAGAUCGACUCGGACCUCGACGACGAGGAGGACGACGACAGUGCCGACGGCAAGAGCAAGAGCAAAAGCAGAGACAAGGGUGGGAGGGGGAAGGAGAGGGAGAGGGAGAGGGGCGAUCGUGUGCUUGGCUCGCCAAUGCCGUUUGCCGACCUGUUUGGCGGCGACACGCGGCCCCCGCACGAGAGGGAGAUCUGCAAGGCCGACCGGCAGCUGACCAAGCGGUCCAACAAGCGGCUCGUCAAGACGCGCGCCAACCCGUUCGGCGUGCCCGCCGAGCAGUUCUUGCGCGAGAGGGAGGCGGCCAUGCAGCAGGGGGCUGGGGGCGCUGCUGGGGCUGGUGGUGGUGGUGGUGUCGUGUCUGACGGGGCAGGGAGUGGUCUGCGGCUGCAGUAUUCGAUAGGCCAGGUGUUCCGGCACCGCAAAUACCGAUACAGGGGAGUCAUCUUCGGAUGGGACGCGCGGUACGUACGCACCGAAUGAUUUGAAUGACGCACAGAGGCGGGUGGAUGCCAUCCAUCCAUCCAUCCAUCCAUCGUGUCGGACGGCCCGUCUCUCUCUCUCUCUCUCUGUUCUCUCUCUCUCUGUGUUCCUUCAGGUGCCAGGCGACAGAGCAGUGGAAGACCCGCAUGGGCAUCCGCAAGCUGCCGAGGGGCGAGGACCAGCCCUACUACCACGCACUCGUACACCCAGAGGACAGACCCGACAUGCCACAGGUAGCCACCCCCCCCCCACCACCAGCAGCACCACGCCCAUAAAACGAUACAUGUGUGUUGUGUGAUGUGUGUUGCCAGUUUUACGUGGCCGAGGUGAAUGUAGAGUUGGUGCCUGCCGACGAGCUGGCGAGCGACUUCGACUUCCCGCACGAAGACGCGGGCAAGUACUUCUCGGCCUUCGACAAGGACACUCUCAGAUUCGUCCCUAAACCUGCACUCUCCAACAGGUCAGUCAGUCACUUAACCACUUAACCAUUUACUCAAGGGAGGCAUGGCCUGCAAUGCACUCACUGACUGUCCUUGUUGUGUGUGUGGUUCUUGGAUGGAUCAGGUACCCUGACGGUUGACUGGGCCGGGCCGGGCCGUGCACAUCCACGAGGGAGGGAGGGAUUGGUGGGGGCAUAACCUCAUGACAUGAGGGAUGACAGCGACACCGACCAUUGUCUGGAGGGGCGGGAUGGGCCCACUUGUCUGUUGGUUCGUGUCGUGCAUGUGUGUGUGUGUGUGUGUGUGUGUAUCAUCAGCUGGCCAGGCAACGCACCACCGACUUUGAGUUUUUUGCCAAUGCAUUGAAAGGGACGAACACACAGCUAGACAUUUAACGAACGAGUGAUGAGAGGAGAGGAGCGAAGGGGAGGCGGGCAGGGCAGGGCAGGGCAGAAAGACACAGGAGAGAGAGAGACAAGCGAGAUGUGAUGAGUUUAUUGACGGCCGCAAUGAAUGAAGGGGCCCGACUCGCCCCACGAAGCGGCAAAGUGAUAGAUAUGUGUGUGUGUGUGAGAGAGAGAGAGAGGGUGUCUUCUCUUCCCUUGGCCUGCAUCCCGGUUUGCCUGCCUGCCUGAUGAUCCAUCCAUCCAUCCGCUCGAUUCUUUUUCGCCGCCGGAUCGACUGAUCCAUGUGCUGCAUGGCAUGCAUGUCGUCUUUUCGUUCGUAUCUCCCCCUGUCUGCCUGCCUGCCUGUUGUGCAUGUGUGUUGAUUGAUUUUGCUGUGCGAUUUUGCCCUUGAAAGCUGCACAUGAAUCAAGACAAAGUGGGGAUGGAUGGAUGGAUCGAUGGAUUGACGUGUGACUGUCUGUGUGGGUGGGUGUAAGUAACUACUGAGUAAUGUGCCUAUCAAGCUACAGCUUGGCACAUCAUCCCUCCCUCCAUCCCUCCCUCCGUCAAAGUGUCAAAGUGAGUGUGGUGUUAUAGCCUGAGCGUGUCCAUUGAUUCAUGUGUAUGUGUAUGUGUGUGGGUGUGGGUGUCGCGAAGAGGAGGGUGGGGUGAGAUGGGGUGGGAUGGGGCGAGUUUUGAGCUGAUGGUGGACGAGACGGGGGGAGGACAGCCAGCCGAUGGGUGGGUGGUUUCGCUUCGCAUUCACCGCUUCGUUUCCUUCGUUUCAACAUGCUUGCCAGCUAGCUAUUCAUGACAUGCUGCGUGUGCAUGUGUCAUGUGUGUGUCAUCUACCUCAUCCAUCGUACUACGUCGUGUGUGGCGGCCCUCUUGCCUUCCUUGUUGUGCUCACGAAUGGCAGCACAGCACAGCACAGCACCAGGCAGGCAGAGAGAGCCCAUCUCACAGCGGUGCAUUCCCGCUGUGUGCCGACUUUUUCGGUCUCAUUCGAUGAUGGAGUGUUUUUGGUGUCGAGAGCACAGCACAGCACCCGCGCCGCGCCGCGCCCGACAGACAGACAGACAGACAGACAGACAGACAACGGAAGCACGUGGAGCGAGUUUUUCCAUUCCACCUGCUGCCCUGCAUGAACCGAAUCGAAUCGAUGAGCCGAUCUGAAUGUAUAAAGAACGUUUGGCUUGACGAGUUUUUCAUGCCAUCCAUCCAUCAUGCGUCGUGUUGGUGUGUGGUGCAUGUGUGUGUGUGUGUGUGUGUGUGUGCCCGGCUAGGCUACCUGGUGUCGAGAAGAGACACAAACAGCCGUGUACGCUGUGUGGCUGGGAAAGAGGGAAGGGAGUUGUAUGGGGUGGGUGAGCUUCUGGAGCGGAGGGACUGUCUGUCUGUGGGGUGUGCGUGUGCGUGGGAUCAGCCAGCCAUCGAUCCCUUCACUCACUCAUACGCCUGGCUGCCUCACCCACCUGGCUGUGAUUGACGUGACGCGUGCAGCUAGAAGUCUUUGUGUCGGUCAUCCAUCAGUCAAUCGGCAAAUCGGCAACUGCCUACCUACCUGCUUGCUUCACACACACGGAAAAGAUUGUUACACUCACUCAUUCACUUACUCUCCUCGUAAUUGUGAGAGGAAAGGUGCCUCUCGACUGACUGGAACGAUUGACUGACAUGGGCGCUGCCUGCCUGCCUGCCUGCCUGCCUGUGGAUCGAUCAGCAUUGCAAGCAUCAGUCAGUCACGGCAAGGCGAUGCAUGGUCUGUCUAUCUACGAGUGUAUGGCUGUGGUUUGAGAGAGAGCGGGGGAGGAGCCGACUGACCUGGCCUAGCUGCUCACGUGCGUCUGCUUGCGUGUUGACAGGUGACUUGAAGAUUGCAAUGAUAUGCAGUUGUGUGCAUCUGUGUGUGUGACUGAGUGACAGCGCGGCGUGAGCCAUUUCGUGAAGCUCAUCACUGUGGGGCGGUGGGUAGCUUGUCGAUUGGUACGGACACAUGCCUAUUGCGUAUGCCUACAGACGUGGUUUCCUCAACGCGCGUACCAUCGUG